AUGUCUCAAUCGCGUCUUUUCAAGCCCCUUAUGAUAGGCGAUAUGGAAGUAAAGCACCGCAUCGGGAUGGCUCCACUGACUCGUCUCCGAGCGACUGGCGACCGAGUACCUACAUCCUUGAUGAAGGAAUACUAUAGCCAAAGGGCCGCCGUACCUGGCACCUUGAUCAUCACUGAGGGAACCUUUAUAUCGGCAACCUGUGGUGGCUUCCCCAACGGACCAGGAUUAUGGCGCGAUGACCAAAUCGCUGCUUGGAAAACCAUCACCAACGAAGUCCAUAGCAAAGGAUGCUACAUAUUUUGUCAGCUCUUCGCGAUGGGUCGUGCUGCGGAUGUCGACUUGGCCAAAAAGGAGGGGUUCGACAUCGUAGCACCUAGUGCCAUUCCGAUAGAAGAAAGCGCUGCGGUUCCCCGAGCUAUGGUCAUCAAGGAAAUCGAGCAGAUAGUUCAGGACUUUGUGGACGCUUCCAGGAACGCCGUCGCAGCCGGGUUCGACGGAGUCGAAAUUCACGGUGCUAAUGGCUACCUCCUCGACCAAUUUAUUCAAGAUGUCAGCAAUGUACGCUACGAUGAGUACGGCGGCAAUGUGGAGGACAGAUCACGCCUUAUUGACAACGUGAUCAGGUCUGUUGCCAACGCCAUCGGUGCUCAACGUGUCGGACUCCGUCUCAGCCCCUGGAGUAGGUUCCAGGGCAUGAGAAUGAAGGAUCCAAUUCCACAGUUUACGGAUGUCAUCAAAAAGGCCAGGCAGGCGGAUAUCGCAUAUCUUCACCUCGUGGAGUCACGGAUCUCCGGUGCCAUGGACUACGAUGGCCACGACAGACUGGAUUUUGCGUUCGCUCUGUGGAAUGGACCUCUACUUGUUGCAGGUGGAUAUACGCCACAGGAGGCCCAAAUUCUUGUGAAUGAAAAGUAUCCGGACAAUGACAUCAUGGUCAUAUUUGGCCGAUAUUUUAUAUCCAAUCCGGACCUGGUAUACAGAAUGCAGGAGGGUCUGGAGCUCAAUGCAUACAACAGGGAAACGUUUUAUGUCUCCGAGUCGGUGGCAGGCUAUUCGGAUUACCCGUUCAGCAAGGAAUAUCUGACAGGAAGGCAAGAAAUGUCUUGUUGA